CUCUUCAUCCUCUCCAACGAGACGGUCAACAUCUGGAGCCACCUGCUCGGCUUCCUCCUCUUCUUCACCCUGGGCAUCUACGACCUGACGGCCGUCCUGCCCGCCGCCGGCGCCUCCCGCGAGGACUUCGUCAUCUGCUCCGUCUGCCUCUUCUGCUUCCAGGUCUGUAUGCUUUGCUCAGUAGGAUAUCAUCUUUUCUGUUGCCACCGCUCAGAGAAGACCAGCCGACGAUGGAUGGCUUUAGAUUAUGCGGGAAUUUCCAUUGGUAUCCUGGGCUGCUAUGUGUCAGGCGUGUUUUAUGCAUUUUAUUGUAACAACUACUGGCGUCAGGUAUAUUUAAUCACUGUGCUGGCAAUGAUCUUGGCAGUAUUUUUUGCUCAGAUUCAUCCCAGUUACCUCACGCAACAGUGGCACAGACUGCGCUCCAUCAUCUUUUGCUCAGUGUCUGGAUACGGAAUUAUUCCCACCAUCCACUGGGUUUGGCUCAACGGUGGCAUUGGCGCAUCUAUUGUACAGGAGUUUGCUCCGCGUGUAGUUGUCAUGUACUUCAUCGCUGCUGUAGCUUUUCUCUUCUAUAUUUCCAAAGUUCCAGAAAGAUACUUCCCAGGACAGCUGAACUACCUCGGCUCGAGUCACCAAGUGUGGCAUAUCCUUGCAGUGGUGAUGCUGUAUUGGUGGCAUCAAUCGACAGUGUACAUCAUGCAAUAUCGACACAGCAAGCCCUGUCCCGAGUAUAGCGCGGAGUUGUGA